AUGUCGUUCCGUGGUGAUGACCAGCGCCGAUACGGGCAUGUUCCUCCUGUGCAAUAUCCGACUGCGAAUCAGCAUCCUGCGCAAGGACAACCUCCGGCUCUGGCACGACGGCCAAGUUUCAAUAGUGGCGACGAUGCGACGCACUACGAUUCUGGGACGGUGCCACACCACACCUACCAGCAGCCGCUGAAUACAAAUACCUCCAACGGUCACGAUGAGCUCUUUCUGGCCAACGCUACCAAUUCUAGCCAGUCUGCCUACGGAACUGGAGGCUACCAGAACCAUUACCCUUCACAGACUCCUCCAACACCGUCCACAUAUAACCCUCAGGCCUUUGCUCGCUCUCAAUCCACCAGUCUGCCGUAUCACCCUGCGCCAAGUAGUCGAUGGGGCCAUACCACCUCAAGUGCGUCCUCGGCCCCAUACAGCCCAGUCGCCCCCCCAACAAACUUCACGGCAGCGACCUAUAAUCCAGCAGCAUAUGCGAAUCCAGCCUCACCACAGCGGACGCAGACAUACUCCGGGUACAGUAAUUACAGCAGCAGCAGCCACAAUAAUAGUGCUCAACCAGCUCAAGGCGCAUCCACUUACAACCAAUCCCAGUAUUGGCAAUCCGGCGCGGCGCAGUCACCGCCUGCCCAUUAUACAGGAUUUGACCAUGCAACAACUAAUUAUCCUGCUGCGUCGAGUCCGGUGCCGCCGCCAUCCUCGCACUCCUAUGACUCUUCAUACUCGCAAUAUGCCAGCCCUGGAUACUCGAACCACGACGCCAGCUCUUCUCCUUCACUCCCGCCACCCCCCGCGUCGCCACGCGCCCCAUACCCGGCUUAUUCGCAAAUCCCGGUCGGUCCUGCUUACAAUCCUGCCGAGCAUGCUUCCUAUAACGGCCGAGCAUCCGCAUCGCCGGUCCAUUCCAGAACUGGGCAAGCAGCUUCCUCGCCUGGUCUGGCGCGGCAUCCAACCAAUGCGCCACUUCCGAGCAGGCCCCUUGAUGAUCAGCAAAGUGACGAAACGAAUGGAAUGUAUGAUGAGCAAUACACACAGGAGGACAUCAUGCAGGAUAUCGAGGCCGAGCUAUCAAGAGGAAGCGGCUCGCACCGAGGUCGGCCCGGUGGACUGGACCAGCGAAAUGGAGCUGUCCCAGCCGAUGAUCUCCAGAACCUCAGGCGUCUCACCUCAAGUGCAAGCUACCAUUCCACAGCAACGACACUGACGAAUCAAGAAGACCCCUCCGGCGUGAAUCGCUACUCUUCUACCGCGUCAACCGUGAACAGGGAUAGUUCAGGAAAUACUCAAUACAAGGGGAACCUAGACGAGGACGACAGUGACCUUGAGGGUGCUGCUGGUGCUUGGGCUCUACAACAGGCCGAGGAGGAUGAGCGGCGUCUAAGUACCGUGGGAGGCUCAAUUUCAUUCCCGUACUUCAGCCAGCCGGAAGUCGCCAUGCCACAGCUACCCACCCACGCCGAAGAGCCAGGUAGUGAUAGCGACUACGCCGGUAUGGAUCUCGGGCUGGCUGGCGGGGGGUUUUCAGGCAGCCUCAACUACGACAACAACUUGGGAUCCCCUCAGUACGACGCGUCGUCUCCAGACAAUGCCGCCCUGGCUACACCUCGUAGGACCCACGCCUCCCAGAGAAGUCACGACAGCAGCAGGUAUCCCGCUUUCGAGCACGUGGACGUUGAUUAUGGCAACACCGGUGGUUUGCAAGCCCCGCGGGCACAUCGCCUUAGUUUCGACGAGGACGACGAGCAAUCUCUCAGCAGGCAAACUGGAUCAGAGUCUCCAUACAAGGAAGACUACCCGGACAUGUUCUAUCAUCCUGGACUAUCUAACCGACCACUCCCCGCCAUACCCCUGGGAUCAGAGAGCAACUCUAUGCUUUCGGUGAGGCAACCCCAACGCCACGGCUACUCUCUGUCCAAUGACUCUCAGGUUUACAGCGGACCGGAUGCCCUGUACGGUCAAAAUGCACAGCAGCUGCAGGUUGAGCGAUCAAUAUCCCUUUCGAGUCACAGCAACACACCAGUCGUCCAGCCUCCCUAUCGAUCAAAGACGGAUGCCGAGGACCGCAAUUCGCGUGUGAGACAGAUGCGGGAGCAGCAGCGACUCGCACUCCAGCAUGGAGGACAAUAUGACGUGUACGAGCCUGGGAAUACAACACCAUCCCUCAACUACGAUGACAUCACGUUGCCAACAGGAAAGCGGAAGAGAUUCCAGCCGGAGAAAUUAACUCAUGCCGAUGUGCAGCGUUGUUAUGAACCAUGGGCACUGAGCGGCGUCGCCCAAUGGAUUCGUGAGCUGGCUGACGGGGAGCCUGAUCUGAAGCGGAAGACUGUUGAAGACGGUCUGGUUAGGCUUUUCUGCCUCAAAGUUCCGACCAUGAAUGUCGCCGACGCAGAGUCUCUCAGCACGCAAGUUGUUGAAUCCAUGCUCGUCGCCGGCAUCCUCGUGCCUGAAGAGGAGUGGCUCAAGUUUGGCCACGGCUCCAUAUCUGGUGUCAUAUGGCAAUUGACCGGAUAUGGCUGUUAUGCACCAAAAGCACACGAACAUGACCACGAGAUCGCUGGCCAUGAGGUCUCGAGCAGAUGUUACUCCUACCACUGCACCAGGACCCUCAAGAAGGCCAACCUCGAUGAGUUGAUGGCCAGUGGACCAAAGCCGGUUGACUGGGCCCACUUCUACAAUCUGUCCAAGGAGGACGUCGAGAGCAGACCGAAGAAGGAAGUCGCCAGGCAAAACAUCCUGCACGAGAUCGUGACCAGCGAGGAAACCUACAUGGGGCAGCUCGACGUUCUUCGCAUCCUCUACCGCGACCAGCUUGUUCAAUCGCAGCCACGCAUCAUUGCGGAGAACCGGCUCGAUAAAUUCGUCAGUGCGGUGUUUGGGCGGGCCGAAAGCAUCCAGCAGAUCAACAAGGACCAUCUUCUCGCUCAGCUUAAGUAUCGACAGAAAGAACAAGGCCCCUGGAUUGUUGGCUUCAGUGACAUCUUUCGCGAGUGGAUCCGUGCCGCUCGGUCCGUCUACAUCGACUACGCUUCUGCGUACCCGAACGCGCAAUACCUGGUUCGGAAGGAGUCCGAGAGGAAUUUCCUCUUCAAGCAAUACCUCGACCAGAACCAGAACAACCCAUUGUCGCAAAGACUUGACUGGAGUACCUUCCUCAAAGCUCCCAUCACGCGUCUUCAGAGAUAUAUUCUUCUCAUGCAGACAGUAUUGAAGCACAUGAUACCUGACAGCGAAGACAAGACGAACCUCAUCAAGGCGAUUGAAGAAGUCCGGAAUGUUGCUCUCGAAGCAGACGCCAGAGUCGAUGAGAUGCAGAAGAAGGUGACCAUGAUUGAGCUCAACCAGAUGCUGGUCCUCAGGCCGGGCUUCCACGCCGAUUUAAAUCUGGAUCACCUUGGUCGCGAGCUGAUCCUGGAGGGCGAUCUGCAGAGACUUGGCUCCAAGGGUGUUCGCUGGGUCGACACGCAUGCGCUCUUGUUCGAUCAUUAUCUGAUCCUUGCUAAGCUGAUUGUGGGCGGGAGACAAGACAAAAAAUAUGACGUCUCCAGAGAGCCAAUUCCUAUGCCGCUCUUGUUCCUCGAAAGCAGCCAGGAUGACCCGAUAUCGAAGCAGAAGGGUAUAGCGGCUCCUCUCACCCGGACCGGGCCUGCAGGUGACGUUCGCCUCAACAAGGUACAAUCUAAUGGAGAUCGACCGGGGCUUGAGCAUACAGCAACCAGCUCUUCCAUUGGAUCUGGAUCGGUCAAUAGACUUGGGACCACCAACUCAGCCGAGGCCGAGGGCAAAAUCCUUUACCCAUUCCGCAUCAAGCACUUGGGACACGAGGUGUACACUCUGUUCGCGACUACCGCACAGUCCAGGCAGGACUGGUGCGAUCGCAUCAUCGAGGCCAAGACCCGACACGCCAAGGCUCUUCAUGCCCAGAAUGCGGAACCAUUCCGACUACGCGUCAUGGCAGAUAGUGCAUUCGCAUAUGAUGCGGUGUCCGCAGUUGGCAAGUAUGUUGGCGGUGUACACAUCCGUGGAACGCCUUUGGAUCGAGCGAUCAGAGAACUGGAGAAGACCUUUGGCCCUGGUCGGGGCCCGGCACCCAUCUCGAGAGCGAGUGUGAACUGUGCUACCGGCUUCUCUGCAUUCGGCAAAAGCAUGGUGGCUGUUGGUACUGACGUAGGGGUGUGCGUGUCGGAGGCCAGCGAUCAGCGCAACUGGAUCAAGACCGUCGCCGUGGCUCGAGUCUCACAGAUCGCAGUCCUGGAAGAAUUCUCCGUUGUACUCGUACUCUCGGAGAGAAAUCUUAUCUCGUAUCCCCUGGAUGUCAUUGCGCCACCUUCAAACUUCCCAGCUCCGACAACCGAUAGCCACCGUCGGUCACCUCUGAGGCUUGCGAAGGACGUCUCCUUCUUCGCGACCGCACGGAUGAAGGAGCGAAUGCUCGUCUUCUACAAGCGCAAGGAGAGUUUGCACAGCACAUUCAAGGUGCUUGAGCCGGUAUUCCAGAAGUCGAGCGAGAAGAAGUCCAGGCUGUUCAGCAGUAGCGCCCGUAAGGGCGGCGGCUCAACUGACAGCUUCCGCGACUACGACGAGUUCUACCUACCCACAGACUGCUACGGUCUGAAUAUCUUCCAGUCGUACAUCGCCAUUGCGACAGCCAAGGGGUUCGAGCUUAUGACGCUCGACAAGAAGGUGCCCAUGUCGAUCCCGGAUGUCAAGCAGCCUGCCAUUGCCAACAUUGCCAACCGCAUCAAGGAGCAGAAGCCGCUGGGCAUGUUCCGACUCAACGAGCAGGAGUUCAUUCUGGCCUACGAGGACUGCGCCGUGUACAUUGACAAGCACGGUGAUGUGAGCCGCAGUGUCAUUAUGGAGUACUCUGGCAAGCAGAAGAAGGCCAAGGGCGCCACCAUGUACGGGCAGUAUCUUCUGCUCUUCAACGAGGACUACGUCGAGGUGCGCAAUGCCGAGAACGGCCGGCUGCGCCAGAUCAUCGCGGGGCGCGACGUGCGCGUGCUCGAUUAUGGCGUCAGGGGUCCCACGGGCGGUUUCUACAACAGCGUGCCAGGUCUCGGCGGCCAACCGCCGCACCUAAUGGAGACCGGUACGGACUCCAAGGGUACCGUCAAGAUCUGCAUGGCGCAUCCCGAGGUUGCAGGGCAGCAGAUUGUGCUUGAGAUGUUGCUCAACACGGGCCAUGCAGAGAAGUGA